GUAUGACAGCUUUGGCUUCGAAGGCUCUCGAAGAUCACAACAUCAGCUGUGUGUAUAAAUUUUGCUCCAAUUCGAAUUCCCAGACACACUCUUAUAUCGUCAAAUCGUUUUCUUUCAUUUCUCUCUUAUCUCUGAUUUGGAGCUUCGGAUUAUAUAUAGAAAUCCGAUCGGCGAUUCGAGCCGCAGUGUUAAGUCUCGAAAUUCGGAUCGGCGACUACUGCGUCCGAUUGAAAGUUCGUUGUUCUUUUAAGAGUUCGUAUUUGUUCUUCAUUUGAUUUUACUCAAUUUAGCUUUGAUUUUAGGUGAGUUGGUUUGUGAUGAUUUUUAUGUGCGUCUGAUUUUGAAUUGUGUGUGUUGAUUUGAAUUUGCUUAGGAUGUGAUUUGAUUGAGCUUCUUGAUUGCUUGCUUUUUGGCUGAGGAUUGUGGAUUUGAUUUUGUUGAUGAUGAUUGUGAUUUGGUUUGUUUGUGUAUUUUCUGAAAGAAUUGAGGUGCCGCAAUGGCUUGGUUAGGUGGUUAUAGGUAGAAAAUGGUGUCUGUACUGAUGAACAGUAGCUCCUUCUGAUUUAAUUUAGCUGCUGAGAUGAUAUGCUAGUGUUAGUAGUGUAGCAGCUUGUGUCUGUUUUGGAAUUUCGGUUAGCAGGUUGAGCUCGAGUCUCAUGGUAUGAUCUCGAUCUGAAGUUCGUGUGAGAGAAAUGGUGAGAGAGGACUGCGCUUUCUGAAUUUUUAGCUUUGAAUCAUGCUGCAUGUGAGUGCUGGUGAUUUGUUAUGGUUAUCUGUCGAUUCUAUCCUAGGUGAUUAUGCUUGAGAAAGCAAUUGGUUUUGGUCAGUGGAGAUUUAUAGAGGAAGGAGAAACCAGGUACUUUUCUCUGUUGGUUUUAACUAGGGAUGUCCCAAUUUGCAUCUGAGGCUCCAGUUUCCAUGCAGCAUGGAAUGUGUCUGCGGUAUACCGACACAUUUAGGGAAGCAGGGGUGCUUUAUCAAUUUUGGUCCUUCAAGGUUCAUUGCAUUGAAAGAGGUGAUUGUUCCUCUAGUUAUUUAUACUGUAUGCUCCAGGUGUGUUCAAAUAUGGAUGAGCGAGGGUUUCUGUACGGCAGUAUUUUGCAGGAUGAUCCUAGCUGUAGUGCGAGUGAAAUUGCCAACUCAUAGAGGUGAUUGUUUCUCAUGGUUCUGAUGAUUGAAGAUAUUAGAAGUAAAAAGAAAAAUGAAAAAUAAAACUGUUUUUCAUGUUGCCACCCAUGUCUGCUGAAAACCUCACUUUAAACUUUCCUUAUCUGAGAUCUUGUUGGUGAAACAGUAUCAUUUGGAUUGUCUCGUCUGCACCCUCAUGGCCUCGUGCAAUAUUGAUUAGGACCCAUCCUCAUCUGUUUCCUUGUCUUUUGAAGUCCCAGUGAAUGAAUGAUUAUAAGGUUUCAUGGGUUUCCUCUUGGGUUACGAGUUUGCAUGCUCGUACUUGGAAUAAAUCUCUGAUCCUUAUUUACUUUCAUCCACCAAGUUGUUUCUAAAAGCCAUCAAAUUGUAACUAAAAUAAGUUCUGGAAACCCAUCAAGUUUUAGUGUUACUCGGCAUUCAGUGGUUCUUGAGGGGAGUCAUCUACUAUCAUGGAAUAUAGCUGUUUAAGUCUUUGUCUAUUGGGUGAGUUCAGUACUCGGUGGUGACGUGAUGCAGAACAUUCAAUUGAGGACUUGAGGUUGGGACUUCAGUUCGGUGUGCCCAGUAUAGUUGGACUUGGUUCCAGAUUCGAGAAAUCAAGUGAUGCAAUGUUAUUUCUUACUUUAAACAGAUGGAAGCUCUGGAGAUCCUGAAUGCUGCAUUGUAGUUAUUGUUUGGGUUCUUAUAGAACUACUUGUUUUGAUGAAUCCUCCUCUUGGAGUAAUGCUGAUUGGAGCUGUUCAACCUUGGUUGGAUUUUGUUGUUGCUGAUUGCAAUAGUCUUCAGCAGUAUAGAAGCAAGCAGUGUCAUGGGGUGUUUGCUGACUGGCAGCUAUCCCUGAGGUGUUUAACAAGUGUUCCUAAAUGUGUUUACACAUGCAGGUGCUUUAACCUUUUUGCCAGCUUAUAAACAUUGUCAUACAUUUGGAGAAGGCAAAUCAUGGCCACAGAGAUAGUGAUGGAGAAUUUCCACUCUUAUCCAUCAAAUGGGAAGUGCAUGGUCACAAUAGAGGCAAAGGCCAAUGAAAAGUCCAAGUCUUUAGACAGAGGACUUGGAGACUUCGGAUGUUCACAUUAUAGACGAAGGUGCCGCAUUAGGGCUCCUUGUUGCAAUGAAAUUGUUGAUUGUCGCCAUUGCCAUAAUGAAGCAAAGAAUAAUAUUAAUGUUGAUCCAAAGCUUAGACAUGACAUACCGCGCCAUCAAGUCAAACAUGUGAUAUGUUCACUUUGCAACACCGAGCAAGAGGUUCAACAAGUCUGUGUCAACUGUGGUGUAUGUAUGGGCAAAUAUUUCUGUGAGACAUGCAAGCUAUUUGAUGACGAUAUAUCCAAGAGACAGUACCAUUGCCAUGGAUGUGGAAUCUGCAGAAUUGGGGGAGCUGAUAAUUUCUUUCACUGCAAUAAAUGUGGCUGCUGCUACUCAAUUCUGCUGAAAAACAGUCACCCUUGUGUGGAAGGAGCAAUGCAUCAUGACUGCCCUGUUUGCUUUGAGUUCUUAUUCGACUCAAGAAAUGAUGUUACGGUGAUGCCGUGUGGACAUACCAUUCACAAGCAUUGUCUGAAAGAGAUGAGAGACCAUAUGCAGUACGCAUGCCCUCUUUGCUCCAAGUCAGUCUGUGAUAUGUCCAAGGUAUGGGAGAAAUACGACAUGGAGAUCGCAGCUACGCCGAUGCCCGAACCAUAUCAGAAUAAAUUGGUUCCAAUUUUGUGCAAUGAUUGCGGGAAGAGCUCAGAAGUGCAGUUCCAUAUUGUGGCUCAGAAAUGCUCAAGCUGCAAAUCUUACAACACUCGCCAAACAAGAGGCUGAAGAAAGUGGCUAUCGUUGCACCACAUCUGGCGAAGGCCUUCAUCAAAUUGGGUUCGUUAAUCAUUGCACAUCUGCAAUGGCUUUGGCUGUAACUGCAGCAGCAUCUGUGCGCUCGCAAUACUCAGCGGAGGAGCUUGGGCUCUAUAAUGUCUGUUGUAAUGUUGUAUUUUCUUGUUUACUUAUCCUUGUAAUUGUCUCUCGUCCCAUCAUGUUUGUCUCAUUGCGUUUUAUUUGAAAUUGUCCUCCAUGCAUCUGGAUUAGAUAUGUUGAUAUUGAUUUUCAUCUGGUUAUGGCACCAGCAAAACAAAAUGUGAAAUG